GGACCCAUGCCAGGAGGGGGGCUGGUUAGAGGCGCGGACACGUCGACCGUCGCUCUCUAGACUCUGGGCUGCCGAGAUGUGGAGCCGCGUCUCUGCCGUCGGGAGCCGCACACGUGGCGCCUGCCGCUGCCGCCUCCUCUCCUACCCCCGGGGCGCCCAGGACCGGGGACCAGGCAGUAACACACAGCAGUGCUUUAGCACUAGCACUGGAUUCUACAACAAGGAAGAUGAAUCUGCCACUUCUACAGACAGUAGUGCUGAGAAGGCUUCAGAGAAUCAGGAGAAGACAACACCAGGAAAUGCAAAGAAGAAUUUGUUGAACAUUAUUAGUGAAAUGAAAGUAGAAUUAAGUUCAAAGAAGACGUUCCAGAAACUAAAAACACUGAAGACCAAGGAGCAAACCAAGGACCAACCAGAAAGUAUGGAGAGUGCAAGUAGCAUGUUUCAGAAAGCUACAGCAGACAGUAAAGCUAAGAGGAGCAAGCCUCUCCAUCCAGAAUUGGUGGAAGCUGCCUCUGCUGUUGCAUCUUCCUUGCCUUUCGACAGGAAUCGGACAGUAUCAGAUUUACUUGCACAACUAAGGAAGCAUGAAGAAGCCACUGAUGCACAGAAAAAAGGGGAAACAACUAACAUAAGCAACGUUAUUGCAGACAUGAAGAUUGGGAAACGCCGUCUCACCCGUGGUGUAUCCAGGCCAUCCAGUCAGAUUUCAUUUGAUGAUGAUGAUGGGCAAGGUGACAUGUUUCAAAGAGGUGUCCUGUCUGAAUUUGCUGGAAGUAAAAGAAGAGGGCUUCACCUAGGAAGGAGGCUUAACAUUUUCCCUGUUUCUUCCACUGUUACAGAAGGGACACCUGAAGCAGAGUCUUCACCUUCGCUCUGGGAUCUGGAACUUGCUAAUCAGAUUGCAGCUGUAAAUCAAAAGCCACCUCGGAAUGGGUUUGAAGAGAUGAUCCAGUGGACAAAAGAGGGAAAACUGUGGGAGUUCCCUAUUAAUAAUGAAGCGGGUAUUGAAGAUGAUGUUGAAUUUCAUGAACAUAUCUUUCUGGAUAAAUACCUAGAAGAUUUUCCCAAGCAAGGACCUAUUCGCCACUUCAUGGAACUAGUGACCUGCGGGCUUUCCAAGAACCCAUAUCUAAGUGUUAAACAAAAAGCUGAGCAUAUUGAAUGGUUCCGGGAUUACUUCCAGGAAAAGGAGGAACUUCUUAAGGAGAUUGAUGAUCAUGAGAAAGAAACAGACCUUAGUCUUGAAAAGAAGAGUCUAUCAGAGUAACAAGUGAUCACUUUAAAAAAAACCCAUUGUGUCAGUGCAUAGUAAAACAUUGUAAACACCUGAUUUGAAAGAUAUAAUUGUAUGAACUUUUUAAAAAAAAAAAGCUAAAAUUUGCCGCUCUUCUGUUAGUUUGUAUACACAAAAUAAAGGGAAUGGUCUGCAGCU